AUGGGUCUCUGUUUCUCCUCCCCCAAAGUCUCCAGGCGCCAACAUCGCAACCCCCGGAGUCCCAACCAACACCAUCCUCUCACCGUCGCCAAACCCAGACCACCACAAAUGCCAUGUUCAUUCCUAGCCAUUACAAUCCAAAAGGACCACAAGACACAACCGCGACGAAACGCCGCGACAACAAAUAAGAAAACACCACCACAUACGCAAACACGACAGACGCCAACGCACGGGAAGGCGAGAGAAAAGGUGAAGAGACAUGUAGAAAAGAUCCCGUACGGUAAGCGCGUGGAUUUUGGGUACGCUAAAGAUUUCGAUAACCGUUAUACUAUCGGGAAGUUGCUCGGACAUGGUCAGUUUGGUUAUACGUAUGUCGCUAUAGACAAAAGAACAGGUGAUCGUGUCGCCGUCAAGAAAAUAGAUAAAGGCAAGAUGACACUUCCGAUAGCUGUGGAAGAUGUUAAGAGAGAGGUGAAGAUACUACAAGCUUUAACUGGUCAUGAAAACGUGGUUCGGUUUUACAAUGCCUUCGAGGACAAGAACUCUGUUUAUAUAGCCAUGGAGUUAUGUGAGGGUGGUGAAUUGCUGGAUCGGAUAUUAGCCAAGAAAGAUAGUCAUUAUACCGAGAGAGACGCGGCCGUGGUAGUAAGACAGAUGCUAAAAGUUGCAGCUGAAUGUCAUUUGCGUGGUUUGGUUCACAGAGAUAUGAAACCAGAGAAUUUUCUAUUCAAAUCAACUGAAGAAGAUUCAGCUUUAAAAGCUACAGAUUUUGGUUUAUCAGACUUCAUCAAACCAGGCAAGAAGUUUCAUGAUAUAGUAGGAAGCGCGUACUAUGUAGCACCUGAGGUAUUGAAACGCAGGUCAGGACCUGAAUCAGAUGUGUGGAGUAUCGGUGUUAUCAGUUACAUUCUUCUUUGCGGGAGACGACCUUUCUGGGAUAAGACUGAAGAUGGUAUAUUCAAAGAGGUCUUGAAGAACAAACCUGACUACAGAAGAAAACCUUGGCCAACUAUUAGCAAUAGUGCCAAAGAUUUCGUUAAGAAGUUGUUAGUAAAAGACCCAAGAGCUAGAUUAACAGCUGCACAAGCACUAUCACAUCCAUGGGUUAGAGAAGGAGGAGAUGCAACUGAGAUUCCCAUAGACAUAUCUGUUCUCAGCAAUAUGCGUCAAUUUGUAAAAUUUAGCCGCCUCAAGCAAUUUGCCUUAAGGGCUCUUGCAACAACGCUUGAUGAAGAGGAGUUGGCUGAUCUUAGAGACCAGUUUGGUGCGAUGGAUGCUGAUAAGAAUGGAGCCAUUAGUCUUGACGAGAUGAGGCUGGCUCUUGCGAAAGAUCAACCAUGGAAGCUUAAGGAUGCACGAGUGGCUGAGAUUCUCCAAGCGAUUGAUAGCAACACAGAUGGAUUUGUGGAUUUCGAAGAGUUUGUUGCUGCUGCGUUACACGUAAAUCAAUUAGAGGAGCAUGAUUCUGAGAAAUGGCAACAAAGAUCAAGAGCAGCAUUUGAGAAAUUCGACAUAGACGGAGACGGAUACAUAACAGCAGAAGAGCUUCGAAUGCAUACUGGCUUGAAAGGGUCCAUUGACCCACUUCUUGAAGAAGCAGACAUAGAUAAUGAUGGUAAAAUCAGUCUCCAUGAAUUUCGUAGACUUUUGAAAACUGCGAGUAUCAAAUCAAGAAAUGUUAGAAACCCUCCUGGGUAUCUUAUUUCUCGAAAAGCAUAA